AGCGCUCGGGACGCGGCCGGCAGUGCCCGGCCACAGCGGCAGGAGGAGCUGCCGGAGCUGCCGCCGCCCGGCCGGGCCGCUCCUCCCGGGCGGGCCCGGCCCCACGGCGCGCUCGGCGGGUGCCGGUGCCGUGCCCCAGCGAGCGUCGCCCCGCCGCGGCCGCCGAGCCGGCUGCGCCCCAGGCCCGCCUGCCGCCCCCACGCAGCCCGGCGGCGCGGCCCGGCCCUGCCCGGCGGGCGGGAGCAUGGAGCGGCGCGGGGGCCGGCAGCAGGAUUCUGGAGACGGUGUUUCCGAACCGAGGGAGUGGAGACCAGCCGUUUACAGAAAGUGCACGGACACUCUCUGGCUGCUCCUCUUCUUCCUUUUCUGGGCUGGUUUGAUGUUUAUAACUGGCUAUGCUGUGAUGGCUGGUGCUGCAGAAAGACUUGUGCUUGGAUAUGACAGCUUCGGGAACAUAUGUGGUAGGAAGAACACUCCUGUAAAAGGGGCACCCCUUUCUGGACAGGACAUGACUAAUAAAAAGUAUGUGUUCUUUCUGAAUUCAUGCGGCCUGGAAAUGCAGAGCCUCAGAAUCAGUUCACUAUCCUUGUGUGUGUCUAGUUGUCCACAAGAGCAACUCAACUCUUUGGAAGACCUCCAGAGUUUUGCAAGGAAUAAUGGUUCUUGUCUUUGUAUUUACAACCUGAACAUUUCCAGUUACACAGUAAAUCCAAAGGCAGCUGAGCUGUGUCCCACACUGCCAGUUCCACCAAGUAAAUCUUUUCCAUUAUUUAAUCGAUGUGUUCCACAAAAUCCUGAAUGCUAUUCCAAAUACGCGUCUGUCUUAAUAAGUAUGGUUAACGAAAUGGACGUUUUUCACCGAAUUCUGAGUGGAAUAUUGGCAGGAAGAGAUACUGUGAUAGGACUGAUUGUCCUUGCGCUAGCCUUCACUGUUAUACUGGUUUUAGCCUUCAGAUUCAUUCGGACGCUUCUGGUCCAUAUUUUGAUUGCACUGGUUGUAUUUGGGUUGUUAUUUGUCUCAGGUGUUCUCUGGUGGCUCUAUUACGACUACAGGAACGAUCCCAGCACUGAAUUGGAAACAGAAAAGGAAAAUGUCAAGUUUCUACUUGGAUAUGCUAUCUUCUCAACAAUAGUUACCGUUGUUCUGCUUUCCCUUAUACUUGUACUGAGAAAAAGGCUUCAGUUCACUGUACAGCUUUUUCGGAUUGUUGGUAAAAUCAUUGGCAGAAUUCCUUUCCUCCUGUUCCAACCAGUCUGGACCUUUCUGAUUCUCAUUGCAUUCUGGGUGUUUUGGGUUGCUGUACUACUUAGCUUGGGAACUGCAGGUACUGCACAGACUACUUCAGGAGGACAAGUAGAAUACAGAGCUCUGUCUGGAAUUUGCUACAUGGCAUGGUAUCAUUUCGUUGGCCUUAUCUGGACCAGUGAAUUCAUUCUUGCCUGUCAGCAAAUGACAGUUGCUGGGGCAGUGGUUACUUGUUACUUCAACAGAAAUAAAAAUAGCCCACCAUCUCACCCAGUCCUGUCUUCCAUAUCAGUUCUUUUUUGCUAUCAUCUAGGAACUGCUGUAAAAGGCUCGUUUCUAAUCACAAUACUGAGAAUCCCAAGGAUUAUUCUCUUGUACCUUUAUAGUAUCCUAAAACAAAAGGAGAGUGCAUGUGCAAAGUGCCUGUUCAAGUGCUGUUUCUGCUGGUUUUGGUGCCAGGAAAGUUUCUUAAGAUACUUUAACCAGCAUGCAUACACAACUACAGCCAUAAAUGGGACAAAUUUUUGUACAUCAGCAAAGGAUGCUGUCUUUAUUUUGGCGAAGAAUUCUGCUAAACUUACAUCCAUUAGCUGUUUUGGAGAUUUUAUCCUAUUUCUAGGAAAGGUGUUUGUUGUAUGUUUUACUGUUUUUGGAGGAUUAAUGGCAUUUAACUACCAUCGGGAGUUGCAGGCUUGGGUAGUCCCCCUGUUGCUGGUUGGAUUUUUUGCCUACGUGAUGUCCCAUAGCUUUCUGUCUGUGUUUGAAGUGACAGCGGAUGCCAUGUUCCUUUGCUUUGCUAUUGAUAUGGAAACAAAUGAUGGCUCUGCAGAGAAGCCAUACUUCGUGGAUCAGGAACUGCUGACCUUUGUGAGUCAGAGUAACAAGUUAACAGAAGGGCAAAAACACAGAAGCAUGAGACCUUUCCAGGAUAAUGAAGAUGGGAUGGAGCUCCAACCUAUGGAAACCCUCUGCUGAUGCGACAUGGAUGUGUUCUCAUCCUUCUUCCCAUUCCACAGCGUGCCCAGCAGAGGAAGAGAAGGAUUGGACAAAGGCAAGGGGGUGGGAGAUAAAUAUUAUUCAGAUAGUCCUGCACAUGCCCACCGUAGCAAAGUCAGAAGAGUGGUCGCUGUUUGAUUUCAUGCUGGAGCUGCUGAGGUUCCAGAGCUGUAAGAUCAGAGCUUAGAGGCCUUCCCUUUCCCCCCUCACCCCUUUUUUCUUUUUUUCUCUUUCUUUUCUAUCAGUGUAUAUGUUUAUUUACUCUGUUUUAUGCUGGGGUAGAAAAGCUGAGGUGCCACACCCAGGCUUGGGAAAGUCCUGAGAGAAAAUGCUCACUGACAUCUGAAAAAAAUAUUGCAAAUUGCCCAACCUGAGAAGCUGCACCAGCGAGUUCAGCAAUGGGGCAGAUUUUCCCCCAGCAUGGGGGGGCCAGGCCAGGGCUGCCGAAGAGAUUCUGCAGCAACAGCUAUUCUGGCUCCUACGCUUGCUGGACACUGCUACUCGUGUCUUGUGCCCUCCGAGCUGCUGCUUACACGUCUGUGAUUUUUCUUGGUCUGCUUUCAAGAGGUACCAGGCUCUAGUGAACUGUCACGCAAUCUUGUGGGCGUUCUGCUAAUUGGCAGAGCACUGCUUCAGUUUAUUGCUACAGCGAGGGAUAGUUGUGCUUGGGUUUUUUUCAUUGUUUGGGUCUGUUAUUGCAUUCUUCAGGAAUUUUUUGCUGAGCCCAGAAACUGGGGGGAUGUGGGGGAUUAUUCCCUGCAAGAGGAUUGUGGAUUUGAGACACAAGAGAACCUUAAUUAUUUUCCCUGUUUGCUCUUACAGCAUUUAAAUGCAGUAACAGGACUAGUGCUACACAUUAUUUGACUCCUUUUUU